ACUUAAGAUGUCCGGUAAACUAAAGCUUUUAUAUCCAGCUUCUCUGGAGACACCCAUUCGCACCAGGGACUCCAACGCUUAUCUUCUGGAUACUCUUCGAAUGUCGGGCUUGAAUCUCGGGGAGGAUUCUGGCGUGGCCUGGAAAAUCUGGCGAGUAAUUUCGUACACCUACAGCAUGGUGAUCCUACCGCUGAGUUUUCCCAUUAACUACACCAUCCAUCUGGCUGAGUUUCCACCAGACCUUUUGUUGCAAUCCCUUCAGCUGUGCUUGAAUACUUGGUGCUACGCCUUCAAGUACUUUACCCUGGUUAUAUAUACGCGUCACUUGGAACUAUCCAACAUCCAAUUCGAUGAAAUGGACAAGUUCUGCGUGAAGGCCGAGGAGAAACGCAAGAUCCGCGAGUCGGUGGCUGCCGUAAACAGGUUGUACAUGGUAUUCGUGAUAGUCUACAUUUUGUACGCAACUUCCUCGCUACUGGAUGCUCUCGUUCACGAUCGCGUGCCGUACAACACGUACUUUCCGUUCGUUAACUGGCGCAUUGAUCGUACCCAGCUCUACAUUCAGUGCUUUUUGGAAUACUUCAUUGUGGGCUAUGCCAUAUUCGUGGCCACCGCCACCGACUCCUAUGCCUUGAUCUUCGUGGCGUCCCUUCGUACCCACAUCACGCUGCUCAAGGAUAGGAUUGUUAGUUUGGGCCAAGUCAACAGCGAUCAGGACACCGAUGCGGAUUCCGCAUUCAGAUCGCUGGUGGAUUGCGUCAAGGCCCACAGGACCAUGUUGAAUUUCUGCAAUGCCAUACGACCCAUCAUAUCGGGCACUAUUUUCGCACAGUUUAUCAUCUGCGGCUCCAUUUUGGGUAUCAUUAUGAUCAACAUGUCUCUGUUUGCUGACAAAUCCUCCCGGUUUGGAACCGUGACCUAUAUAAUGGCCGUGCUUCUCCAAACUUUUCCACUGUGCUUCUACUGCAACGCCAUCGUGGACGAGUGCAAUGAGCUGGCAGACGCCCUAUUCCACUCGGCUUGGUGGGAGCAUGAUAAGCGAUACCAGAGAGUGGUUCUACAGUUCCUACACAAACUUCAAGAGCCGAUGACAUUUACGGCCAUGAACAUUUUUAACAUCAACCUGGCCACCAAUAUCAACGUGGCCAAGUUCGCCUUCACCGUCUACGCCAUCGCCAGUGGCAUGAAUCUCGACCAGAAACUAAACCUCAAAGAAUGAGUUAAUUAAAAUUAUUGCUAACCACACCGCAAGGUAAACACAGUUUGUAUCUUGAACUUAACACUUUUUCUUUGAAGUAUUAAUUGUAAUUGUAUAUGCAUACAGCAAAUUAUUAAUAACGUAAACUAGUUUAAACAAAAUAUGACCGAACAAUGUGUAAUAAAGGAGAACGCCAUGCUUUCGCACAGCUUAGCCCCUGCAGAAGACGUCUCACCAGUGUGUUCGGACCUUUGAUUUUGUUUUUCUU